UCAGAAUGUUCCUCAGUAUUUUAAAUUUCACCUCCACCUUCAUCAUAAUCUUUAUUGUUGCCUCUGUUAGCUGUGAAGGUGACCGGCUAUGGGAUGUUAAGCUGACCCCAUUGCUACGGUUAUAUGAUGGGAAACGUUGGAAGGAUAUUUGUUUUGAUGGUGAAAUGAUGGCUACAGCUCAUGUUGCAUGUCGACAGCAAGGAUACACUAAUGCUACUAGUUUAAUUUACUUUUACAUGAGAUCUGAUCAACUAGUUACUUGCCCAACAGUUUCAAAUUACUUUUUGUAUGGUGAAACCAACAUCAUGCAUUGUAACAUGACUUAUUAUGGGAAUCCAUUCUACGUAUUCUGUCUUGGUUUGACGAUUAUCUGUAAUAAUGACACAAUAAAAGAGGCUAAUCCUUAUAAUGGUCAAAUAUAUCUUAAUAACCAGACAGAGACUGAUUCUCCAGCUGAUGGUGUAGUUGAAGUUUAUCUUGAUAAACACUGGUAUCGUGUGUGUAGCAAUAACUUCACUAAAACAGUAGCUGAUUCAAUAUGUAGACAGUAUGGAUACACAGGACAUGAAUCUUGGACUACAGUAGAACUUGAUUAUUUAGUCGACAGUGUUAUAGUCACAGAAUACAUAUGUACUCAACAAACUGGUUCUUUUCAAUGUUUUUCUCAUUGUAUAUGAAGCAAUUAUAGUAUUGGUAGCUGUCAAAGUCAUGUGGCAGUAACAUGCAGCUUUGAUAUCUAUGCAAAGUAUUUAACAAGUGGGUCUCGAAGUCAAUGUGCUUUGGAUGAGGACAGUCAUGGUGCUUUGGAUAAUUGUAGUCAUUGCGCUGGGGAUGAGUCAGAGUGCAGUCAUUUUGAAAGCUUACUUCAAACUUACAGAACUAUUACAGGAGCUCUCGUUCCUCUGUUUUUAUUCAGUGUCCUCGUAUUAUUGAUUAUAGCCUUUUGGUUCUGUUGUAAAAAGAAAUGCUGUCAUUGCUACAAAAAAUAUGAUGAUCUUGAUUAUGUUAAAUACAAAGUAGAUCAUGGUCUUAGAAAUGCAUAAUCAAUGAGGUGUGAAUUCUUAACUUAUAGAUCUAGCUAUAUUCACAGACCACAAUAUAUUUUUCAGAUUAUUAU